GCCAUUCGUGUACAUUGAAGACAAAAAGUUGCUGUCCACGACUAUCAUAACACAGUCAGACACAGAAGCAUGCCCAAUUUCCAAAGAGGCAAUUGGCAAACUCUUUUAGCAAAGCAUGAUGGGUAUGCAGCAAUACACUGUUGAGCGGGUUUGUGUACACCACCGCAUAUGUAACGGGCUUUCAUACAUGCUCAGUUUGCAACAAGUGCAAUAGGGGACAAUAAGCCAUCCACAGUGUGUGUGAUCCCUUAUUGACAACAGCACCCCUGUUUAGUGCGGUGGUGAACGAAGCUCUUUCCGUCGAGGCUAUUAAAAUACAGUGUAUUUAAGCCCAAAUAAAAGGUGGAUUGUCGUACAAUCUCUGAUUUUUGACAACGCUACGCCGGACUUGGAAACAGAGAGGAAAUUUACCGUCAUCACACGGCCACUAAGAGGCAGUUUGGGUCAGUGCCUACAGCUUUUUGUCAUUGUUUUAAUGAACUCCAUGGCUGACGAUAUCGACAGCACUUCUUCCCAGACAUUCAGUGGACAGCAAACUAAAGGAACGCAACAUAACAAGAGCUUGUGCUGACAGUGGCAGUGUGCUAUCCAUGCCGGUACCUCACUGAAAAGUGAUUUGUGAUUUAUCUUCAGCAGCAGUGUGAAGUAACUCAUAUCCAAGUACAACGGUGAAGUCUGACGAACUGCUUUUAGGGAGCUAUUCCCGGACCGUCGACCACACAACAGCGAAGGCACGGUUGCCGGGGCUGAACUCGUCAUUUUACGGGGGACGCAAGACACUUCCACAAGGGGUCUCUUGGGUUGUCGCUCGGUACUACUUAGGGCAUGUUCCUGCACCCCUAGUUUGACCGAGAGAGGCCGCGAAAAUUGAACUUUAGAAUAUAGAGAGUCUUAUCAUCAACGCACGUCAGGUUUUUGUUGAAGCUCUGACAUUAUCUUUGGUAGUUUGCGUACGACUACAAUCGACGGAUGGUGUUGUGGACUUUCGUACCCUUCAUAUAACUUAUAAACUAUCUCAACACCGAGAGGGAAUUGUUUUUAACCUAACCACAAUGGAGUUAAAAGGAAUGAGACCCGGACAAUUAGCGUUGAUAUUUCUUGCCUGUGUUGUGUUGGAUUUUGUUUAUGCAAAUGAGGGUUACCUCGUCGCACACCCGGAGUUUUUCCGGCCCAGUAUGGCGGAACAAAUCAGUGUCACCAUCUUUGAACCCAGUGAGCCCAUGGCGGUUCGCGCCACAUUAGUCUUCAAAAACAAGACGGUGGCCUCGGACGAACGAGUCAUCAUGGGUAAAGGGAAGCUCACUCUUCAGGUACCCCGUGACGUAAGAGGGAAAGUAACACUUGAAGUUUGCGGUAACUGCGAGAGUGGUUCCACCGGCUACCACUUCAAAAACUCCACAGAAUUGGACGUCGUGGACAAGGGCACUUCGGUGUUUAUUCAAACAGAUAAGCCAGUAUAUAAACCAUCUCAACGAGUUUUAAUCAACUUUAUCCUGACUGGGCCAGAUCUCAGACCCAAGAAUGAACCGAUGCUGGCCUAUGUUGUAGAUCCUCAAGGUUCAAGAAUGAUACAGUGGAGGAAACUGCAACCGUUGUGUUGUGGUAUUAUCAACUCCAGCUUUCCACUGUCAGAUCAGCCAAUGCUUGGAGAGUGGUCUAUUUAUGCAGAAGUUCAAGGCCACACUUAUAAUAAAACAUUUGAGGUCAACAAAUAUGUUUUACCCAGAUUUGAGGUACUAAUUGACCCACCCAGCUACAUAGCAGAUGUAACCAAGUGUACAACAGCCGUAGUUAAAGCAAGAUACGUAUUUGGAAAGCCAGUGAGGGGGAAAGUUUCCAUCAAUAUGAACCUGCAUGGCCUCGGUUACUACAGCGAAUACAUUGGACAAAAUAACUACAUGUUCAUGGAUAUUGAUGGCAUUGCCAGAUUCAACAUCUGUAUAAGUGACCUGAUCACCUCACCUUUGGGCGACCAUUUCCGUGGUGUGGUACGCAUCGAGGCGAGUGUUACAAGUGAUGAUGGCAACGUCUUCGUGGCCUUGGACGAGUCUUGCCUCGUCAAGAAGCAGCUUAUCUCUCUGGAGUUCUCCAAAGACUCCAGGAAACACUACAAGCCUGGGCUUCCCUAUUAUGGAAAGGUUCUACUCUCCUACCCGGAUGGAAGUCCAGCAGACAACAUCACUGUGGAGAUCAAAGCUGAAGUUCGACAAGAUCCAGUGUUUACCCAGACCCUUGUCUCUAAGAUGGGUGUGGGAGACUUCAUCAUUCCAUCACUCCCACCAGUCUCUGGACACAUCUGGAUCAAUGCAAAGGUUAAAGCCAUUGACGGUGAAGAUGCUGCAGACACUUAUUUCUCAAGCUAUCUGUCUCUAGGAAGCUGGUACUCUCCAAGUAAAUGUCAUCUUCUACUUCAUACCCUUCAAGACAAUCUGAAGGUUGGAGACAACGCCAUUAUUGGGGUACACUCAACGUGUCCGUGUAACUUCACCAUGCAUUAUGAAGUGAUGGCAAGGGGUAAUAUAGUCACGUCUGGUCUGCACGAUGCCAUGCUCCGCAGCAGCAGCGGCCGUAAUGACGGAAGCCGAAGGAGACGUUUUAGUACUCACCAAAUCAUCGAUCGGUUCAUGGCAAAACAAGCGGAUAGUGAAACGGACAGCCAAAGUUGCCGAACCACCUUUCAGUUUGAGGUGACCCAUGCCAUGGCUCCACUGAGCCACCUGUUGGUCUUCUACGUCAGAGACAGUACUGAGGGUGUGGCUGACACUAUGGUCAUCCCUGUGGAGCCAAAGUUUGAAAAUGAGGUCCGAGUGGAGAUGUCCAAGAAUGAGACCCUGCCAGGCUCCAAGAUGAAAAUGAUGGUCAGCGCUAAACCAGGAUCCUGCAUCUGUGUGGCAUCUGUUGACCAGAGUGUCCAGUUACUGCGACCUGGUUAUCAAGUCACUUCAGAGAAAAUCUUUGCAGAGUUGGAAAAUUAUGACAUCACCAACACUGUAUCAGCAGAGACAGCCUGGUGGGGUGGAUCCUUCCGCCGGCGUAAACGCUCUCAGCUCUGGAUGCGCUCCAGAGACGCCAACUUUGCUUUUAGGGAGGCUGGCUUGAAAGUGAUGACUGAUGGUGUGCAGCUUAACUUCCACGAUAGUGACUCAGCAAUUCUGGAUGAUCAUGACUCUUGGGUUGAACUGAGUGCAAAGAGGGCCAGCUUACUGGAUCAAGAUUCCAGCCAUGAUCGCAACGCUAAGCGUAAACGAGCAUUCUUCCCCGAAACCUGGAUGUGGCAAUGCUUCAAUCUCAGCAGUUCGUCAAGAUCAGAAGAGCAGAUUAAUAUGAGAGUUCCAGACACCAUCACAACAUGGAUGACCGAUGUGAUUGCCAUGUCCUCCACUCACGGUCUGGGAGUGGCCAAGACGGUCCCUCUGACCACCUUCAAGAACUUCUUUGUUGAGUUCACGCUGCCGUACUCCGUCAUCAGAGGAGAGCAACUUAGGAUUCCGGUGACUGUCUACAACUACCUUGACAACUGUGUGCAGGUGGAUCUGAAUGUCCAUCUUCAGGAAGAUGUCCGCUUUCUGAUGCACACCGAACGCCACCAAUCCUUCAAACUCUGUCUGCAGGCGCAGGAUACACAAACAGUCUACCUCACUCUUGUGUUCAACGAGCUCGGCAGAAAGAAAAUCCAUGCUAGUGCAGAGGCCAUGAUUUCUCCAGACUGUUGUGUUGGACCAGUGGCUAACGAUGGCGUAGUUGGAACAGAUAAAAUCACCAAAAUCAUACUUGUUGAGCCUGAAGGUAUACCCAGGGGAUACGCCUACAGUGUCUUCUUCUGUCCAAAUGAGCGAACUCACAUCUCCACACCCAACCGUUACAGCUAUCAGUUUGUGGAGCGGGAGGAGGGCAUGGAGUUCUUCACCUUCAUGUGCAAGGCAAAGAACGACGCCCACAUUGCCUUGGCCGCGACUCAAGACUCUCACCAGCUUUAUGAGAUCGUCCUUGGGGGUUGGGAUAACACAAGGUCGUGGAUCGCUCGCACCAAGAUGGGUGACGCAUUAGUGACUGACUUAACUACUGGUAUUGUCAGCUGGGAUGAGUUUAGAGCUUUCUGGAUAAGUUGGACAGGAGGCAAUAUACAGGUUGGUCACGGUGAGGUACCGAGCAACGAGUCAGUCAUCAUGAGUUGGCAUGACGCCAACCCGAUGCCUAUCCAAUAUAUCGGCUUCACCACGGGGCUAGGAUCACUCGGAGAGUUUAGAAUCUGGAAGAAGAAAGGUAGCAAUGAGAUGUACAUCGAAGCAUUCAGACUGACACUGCCACUUAAUCACGUACCAGGAUCAGAAAGAGCAAAUGCUGUUGUAAUUGGCGAUGUGAUGGGACCAACCUUAAACAACCUUCACAAUCUGAUUCGACUGCCGUUUGGCUGCGGAGAGCAGAACAUGAUUCACUUUGCUCCCAUCGUGUACGUGAUGCACUACCUUCAGCACACCAACCAGUUGGAUAAAGAGACUGAGAUCGAAGCCAAUACAUUCCUUGUACAAGGAUAUCAGCGUCAGUUGACCUACAGACGGCACUCUGGCUCUUACAGCGCCUUCGGUGAGAGCGACACCUCAGGCAGCAUGUGGUUGACUGCCUUCGUCUUAAAAUCCUUCGCCCAGUCGCACCGCUUCAUCUACAUCGAUCCUAAGGAGCUUCAGAUGAGCAAGCAAUGGAUCAUCUCCCACCAACAGGAAGACGGGUCGUUCCCUCCGGUGGGACGAGUGCUCAACAAAGAUAUCCAGGGAGGUAUCCAGGGCAAUUCCCGCAUUCCCCUUACAGCCUACGUCCUAGUAGCUCUCAGGGAGGCAGGUGUCGAGACAGAUGAAGAGAAGAAGGCAGUCAGCACGGCUCAGAAGUUCCUUGAAGACAACGUCGGCGCUAUCGUAGAUCCCUACACAGCGGCGCUGACGGCGUAUGCCUUGACUCUGCAGAACAGUCAGUAUGCCUCUAUUGCCGUCAAGGUGCUGUCGUCCAAAGCUAUCAGAAGAGACAGCCUGACCUACUGGCGGCUGAGCGGUGAAGCCCUGGAAUCCCUGCCGUUCUUCUCUCACGUUGGAGACCUGGAGCAGACCGUCACAUCGGCCGAGGUCGAGAUGACCGCCUACGCUCUCUUGACUUAUACUGCCCUUGGGGAUAUCGCUUACUCUCUGCCAAUUGUUAAGUGGCUAACCCAACAGAGAAAUGCACAUGGUGGUUUCUCCUCAACACAGGAUACGUGUGUUGCUCUUCAGGCCCUUGCAGAGUAUGCAACUCUGGCCUACGUUGGACGGGUCAAUCUCAAUAUCUCUCUUGGCUACACAGACUCUGGUCUACUGGUAGAGGACUACUACCGUCUGAAUAAUGAUAACAGCAAGGUCUUACAAACAAACAAGAUUCCAGUAUUGACAGAGAAUUUGUUUCUUGGUGCAUCAGGAGAAGGAUGUGGUUUACUACAGAUCAACAUGGAAUACAACAUCCCAGAUCCCACAGGGAAACCAGCUUUUAAACUCAACGUGAAUAUGAUCGAGUCUGUGCCCAACCAGACACGCCGUCGCAAACGCUACGUCGACAGCACAACGACGGAGAACCUAGUGCCGUCUAGCGAUGAUUAUAUGGUCACUUUAGAGGUCUGUGCGAGAUGGUUGUAUGACGGCUCAUCCAACAUGGCCGUGAUUGAGGUGUCUCUGAUCACAGGAUUCACAGCUGAUAUUGAGAGCUUGGAUUUGCUUCUUCGAGACAAGUACACCAAGGUCAAACGCUACGAGAUCGAAGGUCGUAAGGUCAUCCUGUACUUUGAUGAGAUACCCAGCCAGUGUAUGACCUGCGUCAGUUUCGAUGCGUACCAAGACUUCUUGGUAGGGAAAACCCAUGCUGUCCCAGUCAAGGUGUAUGACUACUAUGAGCCUCACUUUGAAGCCUCCAAGUUCUACAAUGUGAGUUGGGAUAGUCCCCUAGCGAGGGAGCUGUGUGAGGAUGACCACUGUAAUCAAGUCCAUGAGACCCAAGAUAGUGACCACAGCGCUGCCGAUCAGCCCAUCGAGAACUACAACCCGGAAAAUUGUAACUCCAUCUUCGGGGACUGUCAAUCGUCGUUCGAUCUGAUCCAGUGCAAGUGUGAGCGUACCUGCGACACCUCCGGCCCCAAGGUGUGCGCCAGCAAUAACAUCACCUACCUCAGUUACUGUCACAUGGAGGUCGCCUCAUGUCAGUUGAAUGUAGACCUGGUGGCAAGACCGCUCACUGAAUGUCCAGUUAUAGAAAAGGCUACAAAGGCCCCUAUACCAGCAAGUUCUGGCUCGCCUUGGCGUAACCAUGGCAACACAGACAAAGGCACUAAAUCCUACGCAGAAGCGUCGGACAACGAUCAGAGCAACUACUCAUCGUACGGCGAUCAAGAGCCGAGUGCGAUAGGAGACGAUCCGACAUCGUUUAAUUACGACAGCCUGUACCAUCUGCCGAAGAGAUUCUUUCUAGACGGAGAGAAAGCAAAGGAGUGGGGGACUGAGGACACGGAAGUACCGGAGGUUGUGCAUAGACCAUUUGCUUGGUGGGAUGAGGACCCCACUCCCUCUCUUGAUAAGCCCCUCCCUGAGCCUCUCCCACAAGUGGGAGGCCUAGAGGUGACAAAAGGCGAGGAAGAGGUCCCAACUGCCAUGGAGCAUCCUCAAAUCAUGACGCAACAAGUCGAAGAGGUGCUUGACGGUGAGGCAGACAGGUUGACAAAAUCACAGAGCGAUGAAGGCACUGAUACUGUACUGUUAGAGAAAAACCUAGAUGGUACAGGUCUUGGAGUGCAGGAAGAAACUCCUUCUCAGUACCCUCGACAUGAAGAUGAAAGAGUUGAGAUCGACGAAGACGUGGAGAAGGUUCAAAAGGACGUAGAAGAGAUAGGAGAGCUAAAGGAAGAAUGGCUUGAAGAUGGUGGAUUCAGAGAUGAAGAACCUACAGAUGGAGACAACAGGGAAGCGGUUGAGCCUCCUUCAGAAACUGGAUACUUGACUCCCCAAGAAUUACCCAAGUACUACUCCCUGGAGACUGAGGGUGCCAGGGGAAGAGUUUCUCCACAGGAAAAUGUGCAAGAUGAUAUUGAUCAACCAACUCCCAAUGAGGAAACGCCAACACAGUGGAUGGCGGAAACGGACGUACUCCGUAGUCCCCGGGUUGUUGGGCUAGACACCAUGGUAAACGACGAAGCGGCAGUGCCUGCUGCCACCGUUGACGAGGCUGCGCAUAUUGAUGGUGAGACGACGCAUGAGCGAACAAAACACCACCACAAGGCAGCAACAGAGAGACGGCGAAGAGGGAUGAGAAAGGCUUAAGAAGAGGCUCAGGUACCAGCUUAUCAAUAAGAAGAAAUUUAAACAAAAUUGCUUAGCUCACUCUGUCGAGUGAUUUAUUUUGAUGGCCAGCAUUAAGGGUCAGUUUCGUCAUUUCACACAAGGGAAGCUUGAAAAUAUGGCACCAAGAUUUUUGUGCGCAUGCAAAUAAUGCUAAUCCCUGAAAAAGAGGAAAAAAGAGAUAGGUUCACACAAGGGAAGUUCACACGAGGGAAGCUUAUAAUAUACGUGUCACCAACUUUGUUUUGUGCAUUCAUAAAAUGCUUGCCCCUUCUGAUUUUCUGCUGCAAACUACAGGGAAAUAACUCUGUUUAUGAGACUGCAAAAAGGCUGACUAAAAUUGUAACUAUAAGCUACUUGUGGUAUGUGGGUUUCAGUGUCUUUUUAGGGCAUUACUCACUAAGUUAAAGCAUAGACGUGCCUUCUGCUACAUAUGGUCACAAACAAAUGAGCAAAAUUUUAUCAUUGUGGAGGACUUGAGCCAGUUUAAAUUUUUGUGAAAACUGUAGAUUGUUUUAAAAUGAUUAUAGAUCUAGGCUGUAUUGGGCUUGUUUGUCAGAGAGCAGUUAAAAAAAUAAUCGUGAAUUUGUUUUAAUAUUCAACUGUAUUAUUCAAACAGUUUGAAUAAUUUAUAAAUACAGCAUGCCAGGUUUUUAACAUUUAAGUAUACAUAAUAUAUAUACUUCUUUCUGUAUAUACAUAUCUAGAUAUAUUUUGUAAGUGAUUCUAGAACUUCCCCCCCUGUCCCCAUAAUGGACUGGUCCUAAGAGCGGGGCUAACUAUUUGGAUAUCUUCCUAAAGACCCAAUCGGUGUUCCUAUUGGACUUUUUUUAAUUAUAGUACUGCAACCUUUCUAAGAAUGACAAACUUAAAUCCAGUGGGGACGGAUGGUAAACGGACCUACCUGUCAACUUCUUGCGACCCUGAUGUUAAACCAACAUGGACAACUUCCGCGCAGCCACGGAAGCUAAGUAGGGCUGCUAAACUGUCCAAUGGGAAAAACUCUGUGCUGUUAACCCACCACGACCACGCAGUAAAAUGCUAUGCAAACUUCAGAGGAAUACAGUCCAGGUGGAAACGCACGGUAGAGUUACACCAAAGCCAGUCACGGUAUUGCAUGGCAGCAGAAGAAAAAGUCUGAUGGGAACAUGGCUUGAAUUACUUCAAGUAAACUGAGACUGUUUAAUCUCCUUUUACAAUUCAAUUAUAAAAAGACUGAAAAAAACACACUAAAAAAACUCUUUGUUCACAUCUAGGAGAAACUCAUGAUAACAAUUUGUUUUUCGCAUAUUUUAUGUACAAAUGUAUCAAAAUUUGACCAUGAUGUACAGUAACUAAGAAAGGGUUUUCCUAUCAAU